UAUGCAUACAUGUGCACUCAAAUACUUGGUGUGUUUCGCAUAGUUUUCGCAUAGAUGACUUUGUUGUAAUGUGCUUUUUGAAUUAAUCCUUACCAUAUGGCGAUCGAGUACAUUUGAUCGUGAAUAAAUUUAUGUAAAAACAUUAUUUAUAAACAGAUUGCUAAAAUGGCACCGCAAUUGCGAAUUUUAUCUAACGUUGUAGAGCGAUUGAAAAAUGUAAAGGAUAGUGUGGCAGGUCACCUGUAUGGUGUCAUGUACAAUAAUACCUUAACAGUAUUAACAUUCAGUAUAAAUAUAUUGGAUGACAUUGAAGCCACUGUAAAUCAUACAACAUUGCAAUUACACAUGCCAGCAGAAGUAUAUCUCUGUGGUAUUUUGCAUGUUGGUGAAUGUGAAGAAAAGCUUCCAGAUACAUUUCAAGAUAUCGACAUCACAGAUAAUCCAUUACUUCUGAAAUAUUCACACCAGAAUUUAAAGAUAGAAACAUAUUUUUAUAUUCAUCAAAAACUUGAAGCUAUUAAUGAUGUAAAAACCAUUAAUGAAAAUGACAUUCGUCAAGAAUUUAUGUACAUUAGAAUAAGAGGAAGCUUACCUUUAAUUGCUCAAAAUGGUAACAUAAUGGAUGUAUUAGAAGAAACUAGAAAAAAUCAGAUAGCAUCAGGAAAAAUAGGAUUUCAGUUUCCAUCAAAAAAUGCAUUUCUUUUCAAUAAUGAUACUAACUUAAAAGAUACAUCUUUGAGGGAACUCUUAGACAUUUCUGUAUAUCAUGAAGGAACUACAAAUGUAAAAAAAGGCAUUAUUCGGCCAGCAGGAGUUGUGGAUGCUGUAAAUGCUAACAUACUUUUAAAAAUAUCCAGAGAUAGACUUUCUGAGGAACAUAAUAAUUAUGCUCCGGUAUUCCAGUAUGUAAAACGACCAUUCGACAGUUUGGAGUGCAAUCUAUCUAUUGACACAUUAUCAUUGGUCAAUCUCAAUACAAAUUCGACAGAUUUAUAUGGGAUAUUGGUAGAAUCUAUGUGUCGAAAUAUUAAGUUAAUAGAAAAAUGUUUUGAGGAUCAGCUUAAAAAAUCUGAACAGUCUAUAAAAUUGCCGCUACCCAUACACUUCAGAGCUCAAGGUUUUGGACAUUUACUUACAGUAGUCUAUCCAAGUGAUCACACUGACAAAGAAACAAUGCCAUACCGUGAAGAUUUACAUAAAAUUUUAAACUUAGAUAUGACUAGACCGUAUUUCCGCUAUGGAAACGCUGUAAAAUUUUAUAAUGAGUCGCAAGCAGAUAAUAUGCUUAUAAAUCCUCAUGAAGCAAUUUUACAAAACGAUGAUGUAGUGAAUAGUACUCGAAAAAUUAGCAUUGUACAAGGUUUAUAUGCAUAUCAUCAUUAUAUGCAAGAUAAUUUUGAUGAUAAUGGGUGGGGAUGCGCGUACAGGUCUCUACAAACGAUUAUCUCUUGGUACCGAUUACAAGGUUAUACCAAAAUACCAAUACCUUCUCAUUAUACAAUACAAAAAUGUUUGGUUGACAUAGGAGAUAAACCUUCAAAUUUCAUUAAUAGUAAACAGUGGAUUGGUUCAACAGAAGUAGGUUUUGUACUAGAAACUCUGUUAGGUAUCACUGUUAAAGUACUCUGUGCAUCUACAGGUGAAGAAGUAUCAACAUUAGCUACUAAUCUGUUAUAUCAUUUUCAAACACAGGGUACACCAGUAAUGAUUGGUGGUGGUGUAUUAGCUCACACAAUUUUAGGGAUCAACUAUGAUCAAGUUACUGGGGAUGUUAAAUUUUUUAUUUUAGAUCCACAUUAUACAGGUCCAGAACAUUUACCAACAAUAAUAAACAAAGGUUGGUGUGGAUGGAAAACAAAAGAUUUUUGGAAAAAAGAUGCAUUUUACAACAUGUGUCUUCCUCAAAGACCAGUGUGUAUCUGAUCAUAUAAAACCAGAUUUUAAAAAAAAUUGUAUACAAUCAUGCUGAUACUGUUUGGAAAUACUCAUUGCCAAUUGAUGUUCAACAGUAAUGUAGUAUACAGUUUAAUGCUACAUAGGCAAAACAAUGUCAAAUGGAUAUGCAACUUCAAUUACUGUGUCUUGUUAUAUAAUUACUACAGUAUAAAAGUUGCUAUCCAAAAACUUUUGAGACAAGACACAUUUGUUAUUAUUUCAAUGCAUAUGUUAUGUAGUGUAAAGAAAUUGUAAACCAGAUGCACUUUUCUUAAUUUCCUAGGAACAAAUUA